AUGCUCAUACGGUUUUGGAUUUGCACAAAUCCAUCACCGCUUCCAACAGGGAUUGCAGCAGAGAGGUUGAAGUUCCAUUUGAGAGAGGGAGUUGUAGAUCGGCCAGGCAAUACUGAAGGGAAACUACAAACCGCCUCUUUUGUGAUUGAGUCAGAAGUUUAUGGAAGAGACCAAGAUAAGGAGAAAACCGUAGAGUUGUUGAUUCAUGUCAGUACUCAAGAAGAUGUCUCGAUCAUCCCCAUAGUCGGUAUGGGGGGCCUUGGGAAGACCACACUUGCUCAAUUCACUUACAAUGACGAGAGGGUAGCGAAGCAUUUCGAGCUGAGAAUGUGGGUUUGUGUGUCGGAUGACUUUGAUGUGAGGAGGCUAACAAAAACAAUUUUAGAGUCUGCUACCGAUGGGAAACAUGAUCUCCUAGAAUUGGAUUUACUGCAGCGUUGCCUCCAAGAAAAGCUACGUGGGAAGAAGUUUUUACUUGUGUUGGAUGACGUGUGGGAUGAAAAUCCCGAGAACUGGGAUCAGUUGAAACAAUUUCUCAGAGGAGGUGCGAGGGGUAGUAAAAUCAUAGUAACUACCCGUAGUGAAAAAGUUGCUUCGAUCAUGGGCACUCUCCCUCCGCACCAUUUGCCAAGACUCUCAGAGGAUGAUUGUUUGUCUCUGUUCAUGCAACGAGCCUUUGGGCAUGGAAGACAAGAACCUCCAAACCUCGUAAUGCAUGCAAAGGAAAUUGUAAAGAAGUGCGGGGGCGUCCCUUUGGCAGCGAAGGCAUUGGGCGGCUUGAUGCGCUUUAAAACAGAUGAAAGAGAGUGGCUGUUUGUCAAAGAAAGUGAAAUUUGGAAUAUACCUGAAGAAGAGAGUGGCAUUUUACCUGCUCUGAGAUUGAGUUAUUUUCAUCUUCCAUCAAAUUUGAAGCAAUGCUUUGCAUACUGCUCAAUAUUUCCGAAAGAUCAUAUAAUCGAUAAGAAGAAACUAAUCCUAUUAUGGAUGGCAGAAGGUUUCAUUCAACCAUCUGAUGGAAGUAAACAAAUGGAAGAUAUCGGUGGAGAGUAUUUCAAUAAUCUAUUAUGGCGGUCCUUCUUUCAGGAUGUUAAGAAAGAUGAAGAUGGGAAUAUAUUAUGGUGCAAGAUGCAUGACCUUGUGCAUGAUCUUGCAUGCUCUGUUGCAGGGAACGAAUGUUCAGUUGUACAGGUGAAGAAUGCAGUGAGUAUCCCCGACAUACAUCGCCGUUUGUUCAUGUUGGGUGAGCAUUAUGAAUGGGUCCUAACAGUCCCAAAGGCCUCAAGGAAAGCAAACCAUUUGCGAACACUGCUUCUGGAUGGAAGACAGACUUUCAGCAUCCCUCGUAAUCUUUUAAUACAUUUCAUGUGCUUACGGGUGUUAGAUUUAAGUUUAGCGCCUGUCACUACGGAGAUGUUGGUUUCAAUUAGCAGUUUGAAGCAUGUAAGAUACCUCAACAUCUCUUGUCGUCAAAUACGAGCCCUUCAUGAAUCCAUUAGCACCCUUCACCAUUUGCAAACCUUGAUACUCUCGCGGUGCUUUGAUCUUGCAGAAUUACCCAGGGACAUGAGCAAAAUGACUAGCCUAAGACAUCUUGAAAUCAGUCCAUAUGAUAAAUUGACCCAUAUGCCAGCUAAUAUGGGACAAUUAAAGCUCCUUCAGACCUUGCCAAUAUUCAUAGUAGGUAAGGAUAAUGGAUGUGGUAUAAGAGAGCUGCAAGGUCUAAACCUUGGAGGAAACUUGACUAUUCGAAACCUCGAAAAUGUGAUGUGUGCAGCAGAUGCCCAGGAAGCAAACUUGAAGAAUAAGCCAAACCUUUGUAUGUUGCGCUUUUCAUGGGGUCAGGAUAUUGAUCUUCAGUUAGAAGGAAAUGUCGAGCAAACCCUUGAAGGUCUCCGACCACAUCAAAAUCUCAAAAGGUUGACCGUGGAAGAGUACAUGGGUGUCAGAUUUCCGUAUUGGAUGUGUUCUUCAUCGCUUCCAAAUCUGAUUAAAGUUUCAGUGAUUAAUUGCAGAAGAUGCGAACAGCUUCCCCCGCUCAGCCACUUACCAUUCCUGCAGGUUCUUGUGAUACGUGGAAUGGAUGCUGUGAAGUCUAUUGGAAAGCAUUUCUAUGGCGACGAUGUCACAGAGGCAUUCCCAUCACUGAAAGAAGUCACCAUCCAAGAUAUGCCUAAUUUAGAGGAGUGGUCAGGAUCCAAUGGAAGAGUACUCCCCUGCCUUAACCAAUUAACUGUCGGGGGAUGUCCAAAGUUAACAACACUUCCAUGCCUUCCAUCUCCGAAAGAAUUGGUAUUGAUGGAUAGUAAUGAGAUGUUGUUAGGUUCAGUGGCAAACCUAACCUCACUUUCCUCCCUCAAGGUUGAAGGUUUCAGGGAGCUAAGGUCGCUGCCAGAUGGGGAGCUUGGAAACCUUGCUGCUCUAGAGUCUCUGUCUAUUUGUCGGUGUGAUAAGCUGGCAUUGUUGCCAGAGGAGUUACAAAGCCUCACCUCUCUCCGUGUGCUGUCGAUUGAUGGGUGCAAUGGUCUAACGUCCUUGAGACUACAAGGCUUGAGCUCUCUUCAAAGUCUAUUAAUCCAGGGGUGUGAAAGCUUAACGAGUUUGAUAGGGGGACUGCAACACCUCACUGCCUUACAAUCCUUGGAAAUUAAGUAUUGUCGGGAGCUGGAAUAUUUACCAGAGGGUAUGCAACACCUUACUUCCCUUCGAAAACUCACCAUAUGGAGCUGUCAGAAGUUGACAUGUUUGCCGGAAGGGCUACGACAUGUCACAACGCUGGAAUAUCUAUCAAUCGGUGGAAUGACUCCGCCGGAGUGGAUAGGAAACCUGUCCUCGCUUCGACGUUUGGAGAUUUACCAUUGUGAUAAAUUGACGUGUUUGCCAUCAGGUUUGCAACUCCUAACAAACCUCGAACAGCUAAAAAUCUGGGGUUGGCGAAGUCUAACAGCUCUGCCGGAGUGGAUAGGAAACCUCUCCUCGCUUCGAUAUUUGGAAAUUUACGAAUGUCAUAAAUUGGAGUGUUUGCCAUCAGGGUUGCAACUCCUAACAAAUCUCCAACGUCUAAGAAUCACAGACUGUCCCCAAUUAGAGAAGCGAUGCAAGAAGGAGAAAGGCGAUGAUUGGCACUACAUAGCACACAUCCCAUAUAUUGAAAUUGGAUAUCCCAAAUAUCAAUCCCGGAGAGAAGGCGAAUGGUGUGGACGUCUGCUGGAGUUGAAGAGGAAAUGCAUCAACGCUCUCCUUCCUACCUCUUCUUCCAAUUGUAAGUAUUACUUAAUUCACUCAACCCUUUCUAUGUUAGCCGCGGAUUAG